AUGACCGAUGACCAGCUGACAUCGCAGCGCUUCAGGGAGGUGACCCUGCUGCACCCGACCUGGAUGUACCAUCGCCGGAUUUGGGAGCGCGUUGGUGGCUACACGCAAGACACCUCGGUGGGCGAGGACAUCGUGUUUUUCCACAAGCAUUUGGAAGCCAACGGCUUGCUCCUGAGGGUGCCGCGGCCACUGCUGCGGUACCGCUGCCACCCUGGCCAGCGAUCCUGGCGACUCCCGCGGCGAGCGGUGCAGGACGCCAAGGUGGCCGCCUUCGAACGCCAGGUUCUCGUCUCGGAGCCCUGGAGCCAAGGUUUCGGCGUGGUCGGCGCCGGCCGAGACGCCCGCGAUUUCUGCAAGGCCCUGUCGGAUGCCGCACGGCAGCUCGUCACGGAGUUCUACGAGGUGGACGAGAAGAAGCUCGGGAAGACGAUCUCGCUUCCCACAGCGAACGCCUCCAUGCGCCAGGUUCCUGUCGUUCCGCAACGGACCUUGCGCGCGCCCUUUGUGGUGUGCGUCGCCCUGGAGCGUGGUUUCGGGGUGCUCGAAGCGAUCGAGCGCGACGCCCCGGCGGCGGUGGAGGGAGUUGACUUCUUCCACCUGGUCUGA